AUGAAGCUCCCUGCCUUGCUCACCCUGGGUGUCGCAGCUUCGACAAUGGUUUUGGCAGCGAUUGCUCCAGAUCAAGUACCCCUAAACGACGCGAAGAAGGAUGAACUCCCUGAGAAGUUCCUGAUUGAGCUCGCUCCCGGCGAUACUCGAUGGGUUACGGAGGACGAGAAAUGGGAGCUGAAACGGGAGGGCCUCAAAUUCUUCGAUAUCACCGCCGAGGUCGAGCAGGGUUUCCUCCCCAAGGUAUUCCCCACACCAGCCGUUGUUAACUUCCCAAGCGAACUUAAUCGAACAGCCGAAGUCAAACAAUUAGCAUCGCAACUAUCAAAAGAAAACAUGUUCAACCAUUUAACCAACUUCACCUCUUUCCACACGAGAUACUACAAAUCCACGGCCGGCACACAAUCAGCGACCUGGUUGUUCGAGCAGGUGCAGCAGACUGUCAAUAAUUCUUUAGCAGUCAAGUAUGGAGCGAAGGUUGAGACGUUCAACCAUUCGUGGAGCCAGUUCAGCAUCAUCGCCAGCAUCCCUGGCCGGACUAAUAAAACUGUGGUAGUCGGUGCGCAUCAGGACAGCAUCAACAUGUACCUGCCGACGAUCAUGGCAGCUCCCGGUGCAGAUGACGACGGCAGCGGAACAGUAACUAUCCUUGAAGCUCUUCGUGUCCUUCUUCAGUCAGACGCGGUUGCGCAGGGAAAUGCGACAAACACGAUUGAGUUCCAUUGGUAUUCUGCUGAGGAAGCCGGCUUGCUGGGUUCCCAGGCUGUGUUCUCCAAGUACAAGAACGAAAAUAGGGAUAUCAAGUCCAUGCUUCAGCAGGACAUGACUGGGUAUUCUCAGGGGACCCUUGAUGCCGGUGAACAAGAGUCUGUGGGUGUGAUUACGGACUACGUUCAUUCUGGAUUGACCGAGUUUAUCAUGAAGGUCGUAACAGGGUACUGCGACAUCCCUUUCGUCCUUACAAAGUGCGGCUAUGCGUGCUCCGACCACGCCUCGGCCAGUCGAUACGGCUACCCAUCCGCCUUCGUGAUCGAGUCGAAAUUCGAGCAUUCGAGUCAACGAAUCCACACCAUGUGGGAUACGGUCGAGUAUCUCGACUUCGACCACAUGCUGCAGCAUGCUAAGAUGACCCUGGGUCUAGUUUAUGAGCUUGCAUUCGCUGAGCUAUAA